AUGGUCGUGUCGUAUGUUCUACUAUGUGCCACUUCUACUAUGCAUUAUGAUACUAGGUGUUGGAAGGCCUUCACGAAUGUGGAAUACGUAAGGAAUAUUUCAUCCGUAAGAAAACAAGAUCUAGAAAUUUCGAAAGCCGAAACAUCCAAAUCUCACCGGAAUAACGCCGCCAACCGCCACCAACUGCAUCUCUCCCACGGGUCUUUGUUGCCACUAGUCGGACCACCGCUUCUCCUUCGUCGGCUUGUCGCUCCUCCGCCUUGCUCUCUUUUCUCUUUCGUUCUCUUUUCCUGCUGCCGCCGGCAACCAAUCACCCUUUCCGAUCUCCUCUCCAGACUCCACAAGAGGACUAUACCGAUAAUUACAGAAUUCAAGGAGCAAGGAUUGAAUACCGAAUUGUACAGCAAGAACAAAGACAGAGGGGAUACUUAUAGUAUUGUACCCACAAGUGCUAUCAGUGGUGAAGGCAUACCUGAGAUGUUGUUGCUACUUGUCCAAUGGGUUCAGAAGACAAUGAUUGAAAAACUUACAUACAGCAGUGAUAUUCAGUGUGCGGUAUUAGAGGUUAAAGUGAUAGAAGACCUUGGAACAACCAUUGAUGUGGUUUUGGUUAAUGGUGUGCUUCAUGAAGGAGAUGAAAUUGUUGUUUGUGGCUUUCAGGGGUCAAUUCAUACAACAAUCCGAUCAUUGUUGACUCCUCACCUAAUGAAGGAACUCCGAGUAAAGAUUUCCCAAAUAGAUUGA